AGGAAAUGUUUGACAGGCGUGCAUCAGUUUUCUCAUAGUCUUUUACUUUUGAUUUGGUGACUGAUCUUCAGAAGUAUGGAGUAAGUCCCUACAGGCCUCUCUUCUCUUUAUUUCUCUCCAGAACUUCCUCAAGAUGGCUGACUGGAGUGCAUUGGUAAAACUUCUUAACAGUGUGCAGGCCCACUCCACAGCCGGAGGGAAGGCCUGGCUGUCUGUGCUCUUCAUCUUCCGGAUCCUAAUUCUGGGAACAGCAGUGGAGUCUGCUUGGGGUGAUGAGCAGUCAUUUUUUAAGUGCAAUACCCAGCAGCCUGGUUGUCAGAACGUCUGCUAUGACAAAUCUUUCCCCAUCUCACACGUGCGUUUAUGGGUGCUUCAGAUCAUUUUUGUGUCCACUCCCACGCUUCUGUUCCUGGCACACGUGUUCUACACAAUGCGCAAAGAGGAGAAGGACGGGCAGGCUGACGAUGGCAACAAGAAUCAUCAAGUCUCAGAGACCCGCAAGGUGAAGAUGAAGGGUGCUAUCCGGUACACCUACAUUGUUAGCAUAUUUUGCAAGUCUGUCCUUGAGGUGGUCUUCCUAGUCAUCCAGUGGUACAUUUACGGCUUCAGCCUGUCCGCUGUGUACAUUUGCGAGCGUUUGCCUUGCCCCCAUCAGGUGGACUGUUUCCUCUCUCGACCCACGGAGAAGACUAUCUUUAUUAUCUUCAUGCUGGUGGUUGCUCUGGUCUCACUUUUGCUCAACAUCAUAGAGCUCUUAUAUGUUGUAUACAAAUGGAUCAUGGGCCGUGUGAAAAGCAUACAAAACCAGUCCCCCACUGAUCAGCAGUUUCUGGUACUAAUAGAAAAUCAGAAGGAUGAGCAGUCGAGGUGCAAGAGCAGUCGACAGGGUAGGGUAGCACAUGUACCGUCGUUAAGUAUUUAAAAUACAAAAUAUGAGUUACUGUUACAGUUACAGCUAAAAUAAUUGGUAAUCAGAUUAGUUACAUUCAAAAAAGUAUUUUGAUUACUGAAUUAAUUAUUCAGAGUUUAAAUUUGAGAUUUAUGUAUUUGAAUUCCAUGUAAAAUUUCCAUCCAUGUGGAUUACACAGUUUUAACAAACUAAUAAUCUUAAUUCAUGAUUCAUAUUUGUCAAUCAUACAUAAAUGAAACUUUUUGUAAUAGUACACAACAAAAUCCAGUGUUAAAUUAACACUGCUUAGUGUUCAUACACAGCAAAAUUCCCCAGAUUUAAAUCAACUCUGCUCAGAGUACAUACGGUCCCUCUCUAAAUAGUGUUAAAGUAAGGCUGGCCACACACUUGAAGAUUUUAAGCCCGAUUUUAAGCCUGAUUUGCACCCCCAAAGAUUCGAUUCGAGGCUUGGCACAAACGAUUUUUUGUCCAAAAAUCCUCUAUUGUGUGGUGUUAUUACGAUUAUUUAACUGCUCCCGAUCAAGACAGAGCGUGUCCGAUCUCAAAUUGUAAAUAUCAAACAUGUUCAAUAUUUACGACUCUUGAUCGGCUGCCGUGAUACCUGUGAUAGCCAAUGAGAGCGAGCAGUCGUCACAUACCGGAUGUUGCGUGCUUCUUUAGCUAAAACUUGGCAGCCACAAACAUGCCACGAAAGGGGAGUACUGAGAAAGAAGUUAACCCAUAUUCUUUUUUUUCUAUUUUGUUUUUCACUGUAAAGCAGCGUGUGGCAGGAGAGCCUGCUGACAACGUUGAUUGUUGAUCUAUAUGUUUUUCUUCUCAAGUCACGUUUGAUCUUGCAAGUCUCUGUGAGAUCUCGUGUCACUGUGAAAUCGUUCCUGAUAUCAACAGGUGUGUGGUCUCACAGUCCAGUCGAAUCAUCUAGUGUGUGUGUUCAGAGGAUUAUAAUGAUAAAAAUCGGUUGAAACUGCCAUUAUGUCUGUGGUUUCCCACAGUUUUAAAAUCGGUUACGAUUUGAAAAUUGUCUAGUGUGUCCCAGGCCUAACACUGAAGCGGAGUUAAAGUUAAAUAUAUAAUUAAGCGAUUAAUUAAGUGAUGAUUGAGCAUUAGUAAUGAACACCUGCUGUUAACAAGCAGAAUCAGUGAUGAAAAGAGAAACACAAUAACAACAACUGACUUCAACCACAGCAUUAGAUGAAAUCAACUGAAGAUAAAAGACGACAUUAAAUCUCUGAAGAUCUCAGCAGAGGAGCAUUAAACAACUCCACAAACAACAUUACCAGCUUCACUUAUUACUAACCAGUGUGGGAUUACAAAUUUAAGAAUCUGUUUAAGAUCUGCUGAUCCUACAUCCUGACAUAACCUCACAUGAAAUACUAAGGUGAAGUAUAUUGUAUUUAACAUUUUGAGGUAAAGAUAAUGACAAUUUAAGGAGAUCAAGGCAGGCAGCCCAGGUGUCUGUAACAUUAACCUUUUGUCUUCAUGCACUUCCUAACCAUUUGGCAGGACAAAGCUCAAGAUACAGCGGUGCCUUUGUCUCUAUGAUAAUAUAAAGGUAUGGCAAUACUGUCAGACUGAGUGGAUUAGCACCUAUGCAUUUGAAUGACACCGUUAUGCUGAUUAGAUCAUGGCUGGGAAAUGUAGGGAAUGGGCUGAUUCCUGCACUGCAUUUGCAUGCUUUGUUUAGAUUGUCUCCACCUCUACUCUAUGUAUCCCUCCCCCUUGAAUGUAUAUGAACUACCAAGUACACUGCCUUAGUUAGACUUGGAUGACUACAGCGACGCACAGCGCGCAUGUUUGUGUUCUUCUCAUUCUCCAUGCUCAUCAGAGUGUUACGGGUGCAGCUGAUUACAUGGACGGGUUGGAGUGGCUCGAUGCCUGCCUGAGGAUGUCCACUAUUCGAGUUCCCCUCUCCUGCUUCGGAGACAUUCUGUGUGUGUUCUUGGAGCUUUGGUUAGCUUUUGUAUAAUGCACUAAUCUUGUACUGUGUGUGCCUUCAGGCCUUGUGCCAUACUUUAGGCUUAGUUAGCCACACUCCUUGUGGGGAGCUGUAUUGUUUAAAGGUGUAAACUCAUUUAUAUUGAAUUAAGUUACUGCUUUUAAAGAAACUGACUUUGUAGGGAGUGGGGUGCCCAUUUAAUUUACUAUGCAUUUUCUCCUGUUUUUGAAUAGCAGGGAGGUAAGAACGUGUCAUCUAUUUUCACACUUUUGUUGUUGAUUUAGGAAAGAAAAAUAACCAGAACUAGAGGUUUUCUGUUUGUUAUUUUGGCCUGUCCCCCUCCCAAAGUUUUUUUUAUUUUCUACAAACAAAAAUAAAUGAUUGUUCAAAAUAAA